AUGUCCAGAUUUUUCAGGCAAGCUGGCGACUCCGACAGUGACAGCUCUUCCUCUGAGGAGGAGGAGCUCAUGUCCUCCGACGAUGAGCGCCAGGCAAAACCCGCUGCGCCCGCGCAGAAAACACCAAUGUCCCGGUUCCUCCGCACGGCGGGGUCCGACUCCAGCGACGAAUCGUCGUCCGACGAAGAUGAAGAGAGUAUGAGUGAGGCAGAGGGGGAAGCAGCGCCCAAGCGGUCUCGGUUUCUGAGGACGGAGGAGGACGAGGAAGGCAGCGACGAGGACGGUGGAAAGCGGGUCGUGAAGAGCGCGAGGGACAAGCGAUUGGAGGAGAUGGAGGCGGCGGGCAAGGUGAUGGACAACGCGCUCAAAAUUAACGAUUGGGUCGCUAUAUCGAAUGGUCCACGGGGAUGCGCAGAAUUCGACAAGCUGGUUCGUAUGGUCCAGCGCCAACAGAACGUUUCGGAGCCCGUCCCGUCGUUCUAUAUUCGUACCCUCGCCAACUUGGAGACGUCGCUGAACCAGGCGGUGGCGAAGGAGAAGGAGGCCAAGAAGAUGAAUGCCAGCAAUGCCCGUGCCCUCACCGCGAUGAAGCAAAAGGUCAAGAAGACUAUUAAGGAGUAUGAGGAUAGUAUCAAGCAAUACCGCGAGGACCCGGAAGAAUUCGAGCGGAAAUACAAGGCUUCUUUGUCUGCCGGUCAACCACCUACUGCAUCCAGAAUUACUAGGGCGAGGAGGGCUGCAGAAGAAGCGGAGGAAGAAGGGGAAGGAGACGGCUUCGAGACCGUGGGGAGGGGUGGCAGGACCAUGCAAUUCACCGCCGAUUCCAUAUUCAAGCAGCUGCAACUUAUUCAGGAGGCUCGCGGAAAGAAGAACACAGACCGCCUGGAACAAAUACGUAUCCUCGAAAAGCUCCUCGAAGUUGCCGUGACUACCUACCAGCGCAUCCGCAUCCUCCUUGCCUUGGUCUCCUCUCGCUUCGACUUUACCCCUGCUUCAGCCACUCAUAUGUCUAUCGAGCUAUGGCUUGCCGCCCAGCGUGAGGUUGACCAGCUGGUGGCCAUCGUCGCCGCCGAACGGGCGUACUCCAUCCAAGAGGUUACGGAAGAGUACGAGGAGUUCGUCGAGCGCAGUCCGGAAACGGAGAAGGAUGGCAUCGUUCACAUCCGUGGAAGCAUCAUCAGCUUCGUGGACAGGCUGGACGAUGAGUUCACCAAGAGCUUGCAGAACAUCGACCCGCAUGGUACCGAAUACGUGGAACGUUUGAAAGACGAGAAGGGGCUCUACUGCACCAUCUGCCGGACACAGGCCUUAUACGAGAUCAGCGACCAGGAUGAUUCGUUGGCGCGAGUCAUCAUGCGGAGGCUUGAGCACAUUUAUUCGAAGCCCGACGCAGUGGUCAACGCUCUCGAGUCUGCUGCCAGCUCAGCCGGUGUGAAACCCAACAUGACGCUCGAAUCUGCCGGUUCCUCUUCCGCCCUCAUCCGCUCGCUCUGCGUGCAUCUCUACAAGUCCGGCAACUCCCUCCUCCGCACGCGGGCCAUGCUAAGCCACAUUUACCACCACGCGCUGCACAACGACUUCUAUACCGCGCGCGACAUGUUGCUCAUGUCGCAUCUUCAGGAGUCCAUCCACUCUGCGGACGUUGCAACGCAGAUUCUGUACAACCGCACUGUCGUGCAGCUCGGACUCUGCGCGUUCCGUUGCGGCCUGAUCAAGGAGUCCCAGGCGACGCUCCAGGACAUCUUCACGACCCAGCGCGUGAAGGAGCUGCUCGCCCAGGGUGUGCACCAGCAACGGUAUCAGACGCUGACGCCGGAGCAGGAGCGCGCGGAGCGCCAGCGCCAGCUGCCGUUCCACAUGCACAUCAACACCGAGCUGCUCGAGGCGGCGUUCCUCGUGUCGAGCAUGCUCGUCGAGAUCCCGCUCCUCGCCAGCCUCGACUCGGAAGAGCAGAAGCGGAAGGUGAUCUCGAAGCCGUUCAGGCGACUGCUGGACUUCGCGGAUCGCCAGGUGUUCACGGGCCCGCCUGAGAGCACGAGGGAUCACAUCAUGCAAGCCAGCCGGGCGCUGCAGGACGGUGAUUGGCAGCACUGCCGGGACCUCAUCCAGAGCAUCAAGAUUUGGAGCUUGAUGCCCGAAGCCGCUUCCGUCAAGGACAUGUUGGCGAAGCGCAUCCAAGAGGAGGGCCUGCGCACCUACCUCUACACUUACGCGCCGCAUUACACCACGCUGUCGCUCUCCGUGCUCUCGCGCAUAUUCUCCCUGCCCGUGCGGAACGUGACCUCGAUCAUCUCGAAGAUGAUCUGGAACGAGGAGCUUCCCGCGUCCAUUGACCAGUCCGCAGGCGUCGUCGUCUUCCAUCGCGUAGAGCUCUCGCGGACGCAGCAGCUUGUGCAGACGCUCGCGGAGAAGGUCGCGGCUAUGGUCGAGCAGAGCGAGAAGGCGAUCGACCUUAAGCUCGGCAACACCCCCGGCUGGAGCCGCGAGGAUGGCAACAAGGGCGGCGAGCAGACACAGGAGCGUCGGGGGCGGCGGGAGGGUGGGCGUGGCGGCCUUCGUGGCGGCGCACGUGGUGGACGCGGUGCACGCUUCGCGCAAGGACUCGGCAAUCAGAUGGCGGGUGGAAGGUAG